GUGAAGGAUCGGCAAAUAUAGUGCGCACACCGAUAUCAGUUGAAGACUUUCCUAAGCAAAAAGUUUUGAACGAGGUUAAAAAGAUAUUAGAAGGAUCUUAUACUGGACCAUGGAUUUGUUAUGGAGAUGUGCCUAAGCCUAUUCGUGAACAAUGGUUUAGGGAAUUUAAGCGGAACCACACAUAUCCUCCGGCUGAAGAAUCUGAAAUCCAGCGAGCUUUUAACUCUAGAUGUUCAGUGUGGCUGACGGGUGUCUUUAAUGAAGCCCGUGAUAAGAACAAAACGGUUAAAUGGAUAUCGCCGGUACAUUGGCGGGACAUGCUAGGGCAAUGGGCGUCUCUAAAGUUUAAGAAGAAGUCAGAAACAAAUAAAAAAAAUAGCUCUUCGGCUGGUUGUAGAAGCUCUCCAUAUUGCGGGGGGUCUGUUUCACAAAAAGUGAGAGCGGAACGAUUAGCUCAAAAAUUGGGGAGGACGCCCUUUGCUACUGAGAUUGUCAAAGAUGGGUUCCAAAAAAAAGAAACUAAAGAAUGGAGUGGUCCCCGAGCUCAAGAGAUUGCGAUAUAGUUCUAUUUGUUAUUUUUUAGCGGA